ACUUCCUGUAAUUUCACAUCAAGCAGCUUUUGAGACGUUCAGUUGUGAGCUGUGCACGGGGGCCUCACAUUUCAGUCAAAUUCAUAGAUCUACGAUACAAACAGAUGACUGCAAUGGUGACUAACAGACUUUGGUGGGUACCAGUUCUUGUUUUGCUCUUCACUCUUAACAAUCUGGUCAUGUCAAGAUAUCUCUCCAGGAUGGAGAGGGAAAUUAGUAACAACACAUCAACAAACACCAGUGACGGACGCAGUACCAACACUGUAUCUGAGACUGUAGGGACCACCACUGUGGAACAUUUGGAGGCCUUGAGUGCACAAACCAUUGAAGUUAAAACUGAUAGACCUGAUUUAAAUGUCCCGGUGACGAGUACAGACCACCAGAAUAUCUCGGACACCAGCCACACCCAACAAAAUGAAGGGAACGAGACUUCUGAAAAACACUCCAUAGGAACUGAGAGUGUGAUAGGCAGCCAGCCAACAGGUAUUGAGAAUGCUUCAAUUACCCAACUUCCCAUGAGAAAUGAUAGUAGUGGACAUGUUUCACUAGCAGGAAGUUCUGCCCCCACAUUUCCUGCAUCGUUGGGGCCCAGUAAGGUAACUGAAAAUCACACAAAAGCAGCUUCAGCAAUAAUGCCUUUUGAUAAAUCGACAACAUCUGCACUUCGUUUAACGGCUUCACGUACCACUAAGAAAAGAACAUCAACCACAGAAAAGACUCCCUUGUGUUUCACACCUUCUCCUCAGAGGGAUGAACUUGUGAGUCGCUGCCUCAUCGCGAUUGCCUCAAUGGCUGCCCUGACAACAAUAUUUAUCAUAAGCACUAUCUACCUGGUGACUAAACUCUCCGGAUAUAGAUACAGACACAAGGCACACCUCCAAGAGACCGAGAUGGUCUGCAUUUCUGCCCUAAUGAAUGAUACCGAUCACCCUGUUCCAAAGCCAAGACACCCCAAAUGUAAUGGAGCACUGAUCCCUAAUACUGAGGAUGGAGAUCCUGAUGGAGAUAAUCUGACUCUGAACAGCUUUCUUCCUGAUAAUGAUGGCCCACUUUAGAAAUUAGAAGUUUCUUCUGUAUGCACUGAGCUUUUGCUGAAGGACUAGUGCUCUACUGAUACACAACAGAAAGGUUAACACUGUUGCCCUGAGAUGUCAUUGCUUGAUGGUUAGAAGUAAAGCAUCUACAUGACAUAAACCCAGCUUUAGAACCUUCUGCCUACUUAUAAUGUAUAUAAAAAAAUUGAGAUAUAGUUCAGUUACACUGUGUCCAAAUGUUUGUGGACAUCAUAUGUGCUUUAGCAUUUAAUUUUGAAACCAUAGGCAUCAAUUCCCCCUUGGCUGCAAUGACAGCUUCCACUAAAGUGUAAGUAGAAGCAUGAUUGCAGGGAUUUGCUGUUUCCUGUUAGCAGAGUUUCUCGCUCUGCUAACAGGACUGAGAUAUGUGCAAGUCCCACUUUCUCAGCCAUUAUGUAGAUUCCUGACUUAUCAAAAGGCAAAGCACCUCCAAAAACCCCUUAGGGGCCAUUCACCCGAACGUGUUUUUACUUUGAUAGUUUCUCUGGGUCAGGAGCGCCACAUCUUUUAAACGUGCUUCGAGUCACUUGCGUUCUGCUCUGUUUGUUGCUCUAAAUCUACCUUUUUAUUUUUUGAGUAAGAGCGCAUUUAUUCUGAAUGGCACCUUAUUUUUGGAACCAUAUUGAACAAUAAUAAACUUGACACAUUUAUAUUUUAAUGUAAUAUUUUCUGUCUUCGUAUGCCUGGCAGGCUGUUUAAAGCCUUUCUUUAAUCAUGUCAGUGCUGAAAUACUGUACUAAUCUCUGAAAAGCUCAGACAUUAAUGUUGGCUGAAUGUAGGCCUAUUACUGAACAUGAGUAAGAAACAGUUCUGUUCCUGUCUGUGGUUUAAUAGUGCUAUAUAAUUUACUCAAAGAGAGUGAUGUUGGACAUUUUCAGUCUUAAAGGGACAGUUCACCCAAAAAUGAAAAUUCUCUCAUCAUUUUCUCACCCUCAUCCCAUGUGAAUGAUUUUCUUUAUUCAGCAGAACACAAACAAAGGUUUUUAGAAGAAUAUCUGUAGGUCCAUACAAUGCAAGCAAAUGCAUCAAAAAUCACAUAAAGGAAAUAUAGAAGUAAUCCACAAGGCUCCAGUGGUUAAAUCCAUACCUUCAGAAGCGAUUUAAUAAGUGGGUGAGAAACAGAUCAAAAUGUAAGUCCUUUUUCACUUUUUGGAGCUACAAAAUCUUAUCACCAUUCACUUCCAUUGGAUGAACCUACAGAGCUGAGAUACUCCUCUAAAAAUAUUAGUUUCUGUUCUGCUGAAGAACGUAAGUAAUUCAGAUCUAGGAUUGGAUGAGGGUGAGUGAAUGAUGAGUGUACAUAAAAUGCAUGCAUUCAAAUGUACUCAGAAAGGAUUUUGCUUUGUUACAGAAGGCUUUUCAUUGUGCCCUUGUUUGAAUCAAAGAAACUUACAUUUCCUUGACCAGCAUUGACAGGUUUAACUUACAUUUGGACAAAAACUGAAUGAGAAAAGCAAUGCAAUCCUAACUCAACAUAACUGAUUUUUCAGUCUUUCACAGCUUUCAUAUUAUAAUUUAUGAAAUGCAAUAUUAAUACCAUUAAUGUAUUUUGCUUUGUUGCUCAAAUAUAUUUAAUAGAACAAGAAACCUUUGUUGCUUUAUUAUGCAUGUAUCAUUUUGGAUACUGUGUAUAUCUCUGCUGUACUAUGCGUGUUCAAGUGCUUGUCAGAAAGAUUUUAUGCCCCAGUGUUCAGAAAAACAUCUUCAAGGGCAUCAUGCCGUACAUUUUUCAGCAGGACUCUUGUGAUUAGUUGUUUAGAAUAACAACAUGGAGUGAAAGACCUGAGACCAGUCUGCAUAGUUUACUCUGUUGUUACGGUUACCUG